UUUUUUUUAAUUUUAAAAAGUCGAUGACCGACUUUGUGUAAUGUGAUCGAGCUAGAUCAGGCCAGAAGAUAAACUCAUUGUCUUUUUUAUAAUAUUCUGAUAAUAGAGGAAGUAAAGUUUUUUCUAGUAUCUCUUUAUAAGUGUACUGAUUGAUUGCCUGAUUAGUGUGAUGAAUAUAAAGAGGUCUUUUUCCACGGGGCUGAUGCAACAAGAAACAAAGAGCUUGUCCUCGUACUUUUUACGCAAAUUGUAUCUUACUUUGUCAGAACAUUGAGAAGGAUCAGCGGCAUAAAACCUAUCAUUACCAGCUAAUGUACUAUUUUAAGGUCUUUUAACUGAUCAAGUCAGAAAAUUACAUAUGAGCAGUAAAACAUGUAAAGCUUGGAAAAUAUGGAGAUAUUUCAAUGGAAAUUAUUUUUAUUUUUUGGUAGCUUUUUGAUUACGUAUUUGAUUUUAAUACGAGAAUUAUCGUUUAAAAACAGUUACAAAAUACCAAAUUAUUACCAUUUCUUUAGCCGAGGUUUAAAUAAUACAUUCAACACAUAUCGAAACAUUGAAUUAACAGGUUCACCAAUUCAAAGCCAAAGUUAUCUUAUAUUGAUAUAUACAACUUUUUUUGGCGAUCCGUUUCCUAUACACCCUUCAUCUGAAUGCGGUUUCAACACUUCUAACUUCCAAAUAACAAAUAAUAAGGAACAAAUCAAGAGAAGUAAUGUUGUGAUGUUUCACUCGCGUAAUAUGCCAUCCAUACAAGAGUUAGAACGCAUUAAUAAAUUGAGACGAAAUGACCAGCUAUGGAUUUAUUUUACAAUGGAGUCUAUAUACAAUAAUCCAGGUGUUGAUAAUAUUGACAAGUACUUUAAUGCUUCCGCAACAUAUGGAGUCGAUACUGAUAUACCGUUCCCUUACAGAUAUCAUAAAAAACGCUUAGAAGUUGAUGAAAGCUAUAACAAAGAUCGUUUUUUAAACAAAACAAGAAUGGUUGCUUGGACUGUGAGUAAUUGUAACGGUGAUGCUAGAAACAAACUUGCAUUGAAGUUAAUAUCGUAUGGUGUCGAUAUUGAGGUUUCAGGAAGGUGCGCGGGAAGAUUUCCAAAGCGUUUUUCAUCAAAAUGUCGAGGAAGACCUUGUUAUGAAGAUCUACGCGAUUUUAAGUUUUAUUUUUCUGCAGAGAAUUCAUUAUGCGAUGGUUAUAUCACAGAAAAGUACUGGAAUUCUGGACUUGAUUAUGACGUAAUACCUAUAGUUUUAGGAGGGUCCAACUAUUCUGAUCCAAGAUUAGCAAUUCCAGGUUCUUAUAUUGACGCUAUGAGUUUUGAUUCUCCUAAAACCUUGGCUGAUUAUAUUUUAGACGUUAGUUCAAAUUCUACAAAAUACAACUCUUUCUUUGAGUGGAAAAAACAUUGGCAGUUAGAUAGCUCUAGUUUUUUUUGCAUGCUUUGUGAUAAAUUAAGAAAUGGUAUUAGUUUUCGAACAAAUCCUUUAUUAAAAACAAUGAAUAGAGAAAAAUGCACUCGACCACAAAAAAAGUUUAACAUUUGGAUCAAUCAAAACUAACAAAUAUUUGUUAAUUAGGAUUAAACAAAUUGCAUUAGAAUAUCUUGAUCUUGCUAUAUUUUAAAACAUGAGAAGUUACAGUGAGCUAUGUAAAAGAUUCAAUAAAGAAUAUUGAGGUUUUAUACUUUCAUAUUUGAAAAAUAUGAAAUCAUAAAAAAUGCUUUAAGAGUCUUGAUCAAACUUUUCCAUAUUUUAAUGCGAUUACAAGCAUUUUAACGCGGAUAAAAACAUUUUAACGCUGUUACAAACAUGCGGAAGUUUUUCAUAAUUAUACUGGAAAGCGCUUUUUAGACGUUUUCUUGAAAUUGCAACAUUUUUUGAAAUUGCAACGUUUUUUUAAAACGUUUUUUUGCGUAAAAACAACUUU